AUGGCAUCUCCCACCCUCAUCGCUACGUCUACUAGUGAGAAGUCAAACAAAACCACUGGAGAUCAGACCCAGGCAUCAUCCGUCUUGUUCGAGCUCGAGACGCUGGCAUCACCAAUACCAGAGACAAUCACAGAGAUUGCUAGUGCCAGGUCCUCCUCAUUCAAUGAGUCUGGCGAUUUGACCCAUUUGUCUAAAACUACAAGGUCUGCAGGAUCUACCAACAACCAAGCUAAUACCUCCACGCAUCGUACGAAUGCGGCUCCAUCCUCAGCGAGUGCCACCUCGACGGCAUCUGUUGUUGACGCGUUCGGCAAUAGCCUUUCGCCUGACACGCAGACAGCUGUGGAUCGAGGAAGAACGGCUGGAAUCGCCGCCGCCACGGUGGCUGCUAUUGGAGCCUGUGGCGGAUUGACAUAUUUCAUCGCGCUCAGAUACAGACGCCUGCGCCAGAGGUGGUCGAUUGCGAGCUCCAGCCCAUCCUGGGUUGGUGUUUCACCAGUCAACGCGUCCUCCAACAGUAAACAAGCUCUACUCAGCCAGGGGUUCAUCACCCGGAGCUACGGGGUCACAAGCAAUGCGAGGGAUUCCAUGGGCCAGGAGGGAGGAACAAUGCCCCUGACUCCAGCUCGGCUUAUCUCGGGCCCGGUCACAACUGACAACUCCCUUGGCUGGAGCUGA